ACUCCAUCUUGAAAUAUAUUCAACAGUGACUUUGAUCAACCAAUUCCUGACUCUCCAAAGGAAAACAAUGGAAUUUUCAUAAUUUUUGUUUUGCACGGUUUUCCCUUAGGCAUGUGGGGAAGAGCCCAUGGAAGCACAGAAUAUCACAAGGGUGUCAGAGUUUAUCCUCUUAGGAUUCUCACAGACCCAGGACCUUGAGAAAUUCCUGUUCCUGGUGUUCCUAUUUGUCUAUGUCACCACUGUUGUGGGAAACCUCCUUAUCAUGGUCACAGUGACUUUUGACUGCCGGCUCCACAUGCCCAUGUAUUUUCUGCUCCGAAACCUGGCUGUCAUAGACCUCUGUUAUUCCACUGUCACUUCUCCAAAGAUGCUGGUGGACUUCCUUCAUGAGGUCAAGACCAUCUCCUACCAGGGCUGCAUGACUCAGAUCUUCUUCUUUCACCUCUUGGGAGGUGGGACUGUCUUCUUUCUCUCAGUGAUGGCUUAUGACCGCUACAUAGCCAUCUCCCGGCCCCUCCACUAUGUCACCAUCAUGAACACUCAGCUCUGUGUGGGGCUAGUGGUGGCUGCUUGGUUAGGGGGAUUUGUUCACUCCAUUGUCCAGCUGGCUUUGAUGCUCUCCUUGCCUUUUUGUGGUCCCAAUGUUCUGGAUAACUUCUACUGUGACAUCCCACAAGUGCUGAGACUUGCCUGCACUGACACCUCCCUCCUGGAGUUCCUCAUGAUCUCCAACAGUGGAAUGCUGGUCCUCAUCUGGUUUCUUCUCCUUCUGAUUUCUUACACAGUCAUCCUGGUGAUGUUGAGGUCCCAUUCAGAGCAGGCGAGGAAGAAGGCAGCUUCUACCUGCACCACCCACAUCGUUGUGGUGUCUAUGAUCUUCAUUCCCUGUAUCUAUAUCUAUGCCCGGCCCUUCACCCCCUUCCCCAUGGACAAGGCUGUGUCCAUCAGCUACACAGUCAUGACUCCCAUGCUCAAUCCCAUGAUCUAUACUCUGAGGAACCAGGAGAUGCAAGCAGCCAUGAAGAGAUUAGGCAAGCGUCUAGUAAUAUGUAACAGGGAGUGAACUUAAAAUAUCUUGACUCAGGAGUGUCUGGGUGGCUCAGUUGGUUGAGUGUCCAACUUUCAGUUUUGGCUCAGGUCAUGAUCCCAGGGUGGUGGGCCUCUGCCCCUCCUCCCCUCAAAUAAAAAAAUUAAAAAAUUUAAAUAUCUUCACUUUAAAAUGACAAGUCUUCCCUCUGAACUUCUGUUUUCCCAUGUGAAAAGUGGAGGAAAGUCUUUAUAGAGUAUGACAUUUGAGAUGAAAUCAAUAUUUCUAUGGACCCACGCCUGUGUCAGGUUACUGUAUUGGGCACUUUCUCACUUCUAUCUCAU